GAUGUUGGCAGUGAGAUAGGGUGGAGGAAGGGGGACGAAGGACGGUGGUUUGUAACAUUGGUUGAGUUGGUAACAUGGUUGGAGGCAAUUGGGUGGGCAUGUUGGUUGGCUGGAGGUGGGAUAGUGGCUUUGAGGAAGAUGAAGGGUAGAGAAAGUGGUGGGACUAUUUAUAAGUUUAAUGUUAUUUGGAUAUGA